CCAUGGCAGCGGCUAGGCACGCGGCCGGGCGGAGGCAAGAUGGCGGUGACCGGCUGGCUGGAGAGUCUCCGAGCGGCCGAGAAGACGGCGCUGUUGCAGGACGUGAGGAAGUGGCGUGUGAAGAGUGCCCUGGGAGCCUUGGGCCAGUGGCAGAUUGAGGUGGGAGAGCCAGCAAUCCCAGGAGCAGGGAGCCUGGGGCCUGAACUCAUCACAGAAAGCAAUGCCAACCCCAUCUUCAUGCGCAAGGACACCAAGAUGAGUUUCCAGUGGCGAAUUCGAAACCUCCCAUACCCUAAGGAUGUCUACAGUGUCUCUGUGGACCAGGAGGAGCGCUGUGUCGUCGUCAGAACAACCAACAAAAAGUACUACAAGAAGUUCCCCAUUCCUGACCUAGACAGAUACCAGCUACCUCUGGAUGACUCCUUGCUGAGCUUUGCUCAUGCCAACUGUACCCUCAUCAUCUCCUACCACAAGCCCAAGGAGGUCCUGGUAGCUGAGUCAGAGCUGCAGAAGGAGCUGAAGAAGGUGAAGACAGCCCACAGCAGUGACGGGGAUUGCAAGACCCAGUAGUAGACCCAUGAACCUGCACUUCUGAUGCUGAGUCUGGGUGAGGUUCUUCCUACAGACCUGUCAGAGUUUGAGGCUUGGGCCUUUCCGGCCCGGGGCAGCCUCUUUCCUUCCAGCAGCUGUCCAGGCUCUGUAAGAACCGGGGCCUUCCUAGCCCCUGAGUCAUGGUUUUCUCUCCUGAGUAAAGUCAUUCUGAGUCACUGUCA